AUGGCCGCCUCACAGACUCUCAUAGACUUUACCAACACGCAGCGUACUCUGGUCGCUCAAUACCUCGCCUCCCUCGCUCCAAACGCUUCCACCGGCUCGUCAACCCAGCUCCCGCCCAAUCCACCAAACCCACUGCAUCUUCUUCGCGACAGUGCCACCUUGCUCAAGGCUCAUACUACGAAACUCGCUCUCCUCCUCAUCAACAAGCCCUUCACUCCUUCUGCCGUCAUCACUGUCCUCCGAGAUGCCACUCAAACAUGUCUUACCGCCAUGAUGUCCGCCGUCGAACUCUGCCGUCCCGACAUCUGGGGUGUCUUUCUGCACCACCAUGUUGUUGCCAAAGUCCGUGCGGUCAUGAGGGAGAUGCUCUCGUUCCUCGACGAAGUCCUCGAUGUUGCUAGGGAGGAAGACUCGUCCAACCACUCCAAGGAUACUCUUGCUUCGACUGGUGUCUUGUGGGAUGCCUGCGAUGCUCUGAUUCAAUUGGAAAAGACUGGAAUUGCUGGUUUGGCUGUCCUCAAGGCUCAGGAACUACGAGACACCAUCAACGACGCCAUCCAAGAACUCAAAGAGUGGGAAGAAGGCGACGGGGACCAUGACGAAGACGACGACGACUCAGAAGACGACAACGACAACGACGACGACGAUGCACAUUCGACCACCAGCUCCCCCCAACACUCCCGAGACGACCAAGACGAAUUCGACGACAUCUUCUCCGCCGCAAACUCCCUCCCAAAGAACCGUCCAGACCUCAAACAACGCCUCCAAACCUCUGCCGACAAGCUAAAAAAGAUACAAUUCCUCUACGCCGCAAUCACAAAACGACGCUUGAAGACGUUUACUCCAGAAAUCGCUUCCAAGAAAAUAAAUAUCCUUACGCUAGACAAACUCAUGCAUCUGCUCAAGGAAUUGCCAGAGUCUGUCGAUGAUCUGGCAAAUGCGUUUUAUGAGCUUGAUGCGCAGCAAGUCGAUGCUAUACUGGCCACUUGUGUUGAGAAUGCUUGUUCGGCGGCUGAUCUGCUAAAGACGGAUUGGAAUGGGAAAGAUGAUGAGUUUACUGCUUGGGUCACAAAGUGGACUGCCGUCGUCAAAUAA